CGUCCAGAAGAGUAAACAUCAACAAUUUCAUGGAUUUGCUCCUUUGCUGCUUCAGGUAUUGUAAUACUCGUAAUUUGGAUAGAAGGCUGCUCGUAAUUUAGAGUAAACUCUUCACAAGCUUUGUCUUCUUUAAAAAGCUCUUUGUGUUCUAUUCCAGCCUUGGUUUGUUCUUCUUCUUCCGUUGCUUUUAUUGAAGGCGAUUCAUCAUAAAAUCCAACAUGUUUGUUUCCAACUUCCAAAGGUACCUCUUCAAACACUUUUUUAUUUAAUUUGUUUAUGUUGCCAAUAAGGAGUUCUUUUGGAUAUUCUGUCAAGUUUAUUGUUGGAAUUUUAUCGGAAGGUUUAGAAGAGUGAAUAUUGCCCGAGGAAUGGAUUACUUCUGUCUGUGCAUGGAUUGCUUCCUUUUCAGUUAAAAGUUCUUCAUACCCUUCUUCAGGUUUUGCUUCCUUCUCCUCUUCUUCUUCAUCUCCUCUCACUAAUUCUUCAGGUUUUGCUACCUUUGCCUCAUUUUCAGUAGAUUUUGAAGACAAUUUUUCGUUUUCGUCGGCAAGGUCAGAAGAAUGGAUAUUAACAGUCGGUUCUUUUUGUGUUUCAGAAGGCAUUUUACUAGAAAUUUCCUCAAGUACUUCUUCAGAUUUUUCUUCCCCUUCAACUUUAAUAGGUUCAGAAGUCAUUUUUUCGUAAUACACAAUGUUCUUCUUUUCAAUUUCCAAAGGAAGAUGACUCAAUUCGGAAUAACAAAGUUUUGUUUCUGA